AUGGCCACCGAUAUUUACCAGCAGGCCAACGACGACCUCGAUGGCCUCUUUGAAGAUGACGAGGAUAUCGGAGCGAACUCCAGGGCCGACGCGCCUCUCGACCAGAGUUUCAGUUUGCCUGCCGAGGCCAACGAUGAAUUGAGCGCGCUGCUGGGCGAAGCAGGUGGCGGCGAAGGCUUGAACUGGGAUGAGUUAAAUUCAAGAGAGCUCGAAGCGGGCGAGAAAGCAGAUGAUGCGGUGGACUACGAGGACAUCGGAGAUGACGAGUCGCUACCGGACGAAGAGCCAACCCAAGCCGGUCAGGUUACCGAAGAUACAAAGGACGCGCAGGCCGAGUCACCUAGCGUCCUGCUACCUGGCAUCGGAGAGAACGCGUUAGAUGGAUUGGAUGACGAUGACUUAUUCGGUCCUUCAAGCCCGAUCCUGACUGCUUAUGAGCCUCAGCCAGUGACUGCGCCUACGAAGCCACUCGACAAGCCAACACGAGAUGCCGACCAGGAAUCCGACCUUGCCUCCGAACAUGGAGAUGAUGAGACUCAAGACAUUUCUAUGCUGCAACCGGAACUGGACGACAUUGAGGAUGCCGAAUACCGCACGCAACUGGCCCUCUUCGCCCAAUCCGGGAAAGGCAUCAUGCCAACUACAGAGCAGGAGAACAUCGAACAAUGGCUGAAGCUAGAGUUUCCUAGCUUCAAGCGUGAUGAGACACCAUACUUCAACAGGCUUUUCCCUCCGAGGCCACACAAGUGGCCAGCAAAGACCCCUUUGAAGCCCCCAAAGCCGGUCCGUCCCAGCAAAGUGAAUUUGGAGAUCGAACCAGACCAGAAGACCUCGUUUAACUCAGGAGCUGCCGGGGCGACCCCAGAAUUCGACGCGGAUCUUGUUAGAACACAAGAGCCUGAGACCGUGCAGGAGGUGGCAGAGUCAGUGGACGAGUCUGAUCUAGACGAACCUCUUCCUGGUGGACUCACCCUGAGCGAUUUGGAGUUUAUGUGUGCCGACUUUGACACGUUGUCGCAUCUGGCGCCCUCGGAAGAUGAAGUCGUCGAGAUCAGAACUCGGGUGGUCGACAGCGACGAAGAAAUGUUCGGCUUCGAUGAUUUCGAGCAGCCUCGCAAGAAGCGUCGUCUCGACCUUGACCCGCAUAAGCUCGUCACGAUACAUCAAGUCGACAUUCCGUCGUUCGACAAUCCGGAGGAGAAGACCGCCAAAUUGGCCAGGAAGGUUGUUAUAGACCUGAAUGACUCAGAUCUGCUGGUUGAGCAAGUCGAUCCUGAGGCCGUCAAGGCCAAAGCGCGAGUAGGGAACAAGAGUACGACAACUAUCAAAACACUCAAGGACCGCCUGCAGCAACGUUUCAAGACCUCCAACGACGCCGAGUAUGACCUCUUGAAACAGAACCAUAACCAUAAAGUGCGAGGUCAGCUUACGCACUUGAGCAUCGAGCACUCUGUCCCAGCCGUUCGUCUUCAAUACCCGUACUAUCAAGUGCGACUUUCGUUGCAGGAACUCCGAAACUACCACCGGAAGAGGAUGCAUUUCAAGUAUCCCAUCAGCUUUUCGCAGCCGGUCAAACGCAAGAGGAAGCACCAGAGAGGCCGCAAAACCGAAGAAGUCUACUCCACCACCAAAGAUUUAUCCUUGGCCGACAAUUCUUCCAUGCUGCUGCUCGAGUAUUCUGAAGAACACCCUCUGAUGUUGUCCCAGACGGGUAUGGGCAACAAGGUCGUCAAUUACUACCGAAGGCGAACCAAGGACGAUACGGCGAGACCCAAAAGCGAAAUUGGGGAGACGUCUGUCUUAUUGCCAGAAGACAAAUCACCCUUCUAUAUCUUUGGUCAGAUUGAUCCUGGCGAAACCAUCACGUCGCUUUAUAACUCCAUGUAUCGAGCCCCAAUCUUCCCGCAAGAAUCGAAGCCUACCGAUUUCUUGGUCAUUCGGGAGACCACCGGUACCGCGGGACAGGUGCACUACCUGCGCAAUCUGGAGAACGUGUAUGUAGUGGGACAAGAACUGCCGUCGACCACGGUGCCGGGAACGCAUUCUCGUAUGGUGACGACCGCAGCCAAGAACCGGUUGAAAGCCAUUUCGUUCCGCAUCGCCCGUAAAAAGAAAACUCACCGGAUCAAGGUGGAGGAUGUCACUAAACAUUUCCCCGACACGACCGACAUGCAGAACAGACAGAAGAUGAAAGAAUUCAUGGUGUUCAACAAGGAGUACAAGGAAUGGGAGAUGAAACCCGGUGAACUGGUGCCUGAUGAAGAUGUGAUCCGCAACUUGAUCCGCCCAGAAGACAUUUGCCUGCUUGAGUCGAUGCAAGUCGGUGCGCAGUAUUUACAAGACUCCGGCUAUGCGGACAAUGACGAAGAUGAUGACAAGGAAAAAGAAAACGACAACGACAGUAUUGAGCAGCAGCUGGCCCCUUGGCGGACGACCAAGAAUUUUCUUCAAGCCACCCAAGGCAAAGCUAUGCUCAAACUGUACGGCGAAGGUGAUCCGUCUGGCCGAGGCGAAGCAUUUUCAUUCAUCAAGACAAGCAUGAAGGGGGGCUUCAGACCGAUCGGCGGCUCUGCCCAAGACGCCAUUUCUCUGAAAAGGGAACUGGGCGGCCACAGCUACAACGUCGCGCGCCAGCAAAAGUCCUACGAGGAAUCCAUCCGCAACAUCUGGGACCGGCAAAUAGCAAGCCUCGGGUCCAAGAUCGAGCCAUCGGAUCUGGACAUGGACGGUGAUGUGGAUGCUCAAGAAGACAAGUACGCCGAGCGAUCGAACCUCCGAGCCACGCCCAUGUCGGCAGCCCACACUCCAGCAGCGUCCCGGCGGAUGGAUGACGAGACCGCAACAUCCUUCAGCAGACGCAGUGUCAACAGUCAAAGCCAGAGGGCGCUGAAAAUCCUUCGCACUGUCAUCAGAGACGGCGACGAGUUUGUCGAAGAGCACAUCGAAACCGAUCCGGCGGUGAUUAAACAGUACAUGAAGAUCAAGGAAAUGGAAGAGGCGCAGUCUUUCAGCUUGAACGACGUCGUGCCUACCGGCGACGCCGAGUUUGACGCAAGACAGCGGAAACGGCAAGCACUGCUAUUGACCCUACUCGAGGAAGAACUCGCCAAGCUCGAGAAGAACUACGCGCGCAGAAAACACCGGCCCAAGAAAGGCGCUGCCGCUGCAACAUCGCCUGGUGGGACAGCCAUGUCUCCCGAUGCCGACGGUCCUAGCGGUGGUGGAAGGAACACACAGCCGACCCAGCGGAAGUGUGCGAAUUGCGGUCAGGUCGGCCACAUCAAGACCAAUAAAAAGUCCGUUAAGUGCAACAAGUGCAACCUCCCCUUCACCCACCAAGUUGGCUCUGUGUUUGCCCAGGCGCCGACCUUUGACGAGUAG